AAAGGACGUGCCAUGGGGGAGUUGAACCAAAGGUAAGUUGGAUGCUUUUCUUCAUCAAGUUAUUCUAUAAGAAUAUUUAGUACAUAGUUUUUGUGCAGCUCCAUUUAAAAAGUUGUAGUAGAAUGAUUUGUUUCGUUACAAAAAUUGGAAAUAUCAAUUUGAAAAGGAAGACAAGUAUGAUUAUUUUUAUGAUAUGAUAUACAUAAAAGGUGAAGAUAACAAACAGUGAUCAAUCGCAUAAAUCCCAUAAGCAAUACAAAAUAGAUAGUUGGGCAAAUAUAUGUAAAUAUAUCCUAGUUCUACUUGUAAUCUUAAAAAAUCACACCAGUGAUUCAGUUCAACUCAAAUUAUAUUUGAGAAACGAAUAUCACCAUCCACAUGUAUGAAACGAAUAUCACCAUCCACAUGUAUGAAACGAAUAUCAUCCACAUGUCGUAUAUUGUUAUAACCAAAGAGCAACACGAUCGACAAUUCAUUCUCAUUCAUGAACUCUCUCCAUAUAUAUUCCUGGAUGAAAACUGUCAUGGUGGCCAUGCUAUUCAUCUUGCUGACAUAUCGUCGCGUUAGUUGGCGAAUUUACUCAUUGAUUAUGACCGUGGAUCGAUUCUCUUCUUUAUAUAUAAGAACAGAACCUUUAAAGACAUUCAAAACGUUUAUUGUGAGAAUUCAAUGUAGUACUAGUAUUAGGUGCAAACGAUUUGUGCAUAUUGUUAUUUUUGCAACUAUAUACCUAUGAUUAAUACGCUAUAGACGAUAUGUUAUACACUGCUUAAUGUAUAUGUAUGUAGUGUAUUGUAUAGAAUUGUUAUACUAUACAAUAUGCAUAUAUACAGGUACAUUGCCCAAAGAUUUUUUUCCAACAUGAUAUAGAAAACCUUCGUGAUCAAAAUUAUCAACGUAUCAACAAUGUUUUAACGAAGGAAUUAAAAUCUUGAGAAAUUAGAAUCUUAGAAUUAUUCCAGAAUAAACGUAAUUCACUCGACUCUGACUAAAUACGUCACAAUAAACGUAAUUCACUCGACUCUGACUAAAUACGUCACAAUAAACGUAAUUCACUCGACUCUGACUAAAUACGUCACAAUAAUUGACAUGACAAUAGAUUCAGUCAGCCGCUGCAGAUACACUCGCAGAGAUUAUCUGUCUACGUGCACCUGCUCUAAGUGAACAAACAAGAAAUAAAUGUACACGUGUAUUUAUGAAAUAACCCUUUGUCUCUUGUGACUUUUAUCACACUCGUCAAAUUCAUCCAAUCAUCAGGGUGAAUAUAUUUGCUUAACUUCACAUUGUACGAUACACAAUAACACAAGUCUGACAAAGAGAUGGAAAAGUAAAAAAUAUUUUGAUAGAAAAGGUUUCUUGCCAGCUUUCGGCAUACACCGUAAGAGAAUAAUAAAAUAUUAUUCAAGUUGUUAUGCAAAUUGCACUAAUGCAUUUGCUAUCGCUUUUAAAAAGAGAGCAAAAAUCUUCGAACAAAUACGAAUAUAAGAAAUCAAGUAUUGAUCGCAUGAACUGAAUGGGAAUCGACAUUGAAGGGGAUUGUAUGUCGGCUGAAUCGAUUAGAAAUGGGAAGUUCUGGUCUGCUGGCCACAAUCAGACGGUUAGCAUUUAAAAAGCAGAACUAAGAUCUGUGUUUAUAUAUGUAAUUCACGAAUUUAAAGUUCUUUCAUUUGGCAGAUAAUUGAAAAAAAUCAAGCGACAGUACUUCGUAAGAAUCAACGGACGACAAAAUCUCCCAAAUUUAAAUAUCUGAUUUUUCGCUGAGCCUUUGAUGUGUGGGACAGUUUGAAUUGACAAUUGGAUAGUCACCCAGUAGAACUAUUCAGAGUGGCAACCAUGCAAACCCUAUAUGUGUAUAAACUACCAGGUGUUUUUGUGACUGGAUAGAGACCAUGAUACAGUGAUGACACAGGUUACCCCUGUUGGUGGAGACUUGCCGCCUUCCUAUCAUGAUGUCGCUGGGCGUUCGGUCACUCCUGGUAACACACUUCGAACGUCUGGUAUCGGAGGGGUGUGGUACACUCCAACCGGAGCCGUGCCUUUGAAUCCGCCACCAUACACAGAUACACUUCCCGGAUACAACGACCGCUAUAUAAGUCCCCGAGACCUUUCGAAGUAUUACAGGUCUAGUGAUCACGCCCAUCAACGUAUUCGGAGACAUAGGGAUCUUGGAACAGUCCGAACGAGGACCGCCAGCAGUAAGACCAUCAUAAUUGUAUUCUGUGUUCUAACAAUUUCUCUCCUCAUCGGCCUUAUUAUCGGACUCAGCUUCAUGUUAGCGGAGCGAACGUAGCGGAUUUAUGUGGGGGGCAUUAUUGUAAAUGUCUCUGUAGCAAAUGCAAUGUCAAUUCUGAAAUGUUCAUCAAUGUGCACUGGUAAUGACGUCCGUGAUACAGUGUAUGGCUGGGAGAAUCUGGAGACAGAAUUAAAUAUCAACGAUUUAUUCCAAAAUAGUUCUCGUUUAUACCCGAGUGAACCAUUGUAAAUCGUUUUCCUGUUUGUAUUCAAAUUCCGGUACAAAGUUGGGCGAUAUAUUUUACGACUUUAAUAAUUUACAUCACUAGGAUAUGUGUAUAUCAUAUUUUACCACAACAGGAAUGAAACUGCUUUUGUGUACUAUACAUUUAUUAUGAAGUUACAUGAUACUGUGACUUUCGAUCAAUAAAACUGUGGGAUAAUUUAGUUGUCAUUGACAACGAAUCUUUAGAAUAUGUACAAUUAUUCUGCUAUUUGUGGUUGUUGCCAAUACAUCUUCUAAGCAAUCCCAUUUUCUGAAAUUAUAAGGUUUGCAUACACAUUACUUGUAUAUACUAUUAAUUCGUGAUGAAAGAUAAAGAUGGAAAAUAUGUUUGAAAUCAUUUCAAGAAAUAAAGAAAAUCGUUUUCCGCGAAAACUAAUUUUAUGACAAAAUGGUUCCUAUUCAUGUGAAACUUUUAACAAUGAGUUUCAAUAUUCUUUUAUAUGUGAUAUCGAGUCUGUGAUACAUUUGCAAUAUACCUACAUUGUUCUGGAAUAGAACUUAGAGAUUGUUAUCGAUCGUUUUUGUUAAUAUAUAUGUCGAAUAUUUUAAUUAUGUUGUUUUAAUUAUGUUAUAUCAAAUAAUAUUUGAAUAAACUGCCACAAUGUGAA